AUGAGAUUUGGUGAAUAUCUCCGCUCUUCCAUGAUCAAGGAGUACUAUCCGUACUACAUUGCCUAUGAUGAGUUGAAGAAAGCCCUGAAGACUGACUUCGUCGACGAACCCACUUCCAAUAACGUCAAGCCCGCCCGCAAAGAAUGGACCGAAGAUGACGAGACACACUUUGUUUCCUUGCUCGAGAGCCAGCUGGAGAAGGUGUUCUUGUUCCAGAAGCGCAAGAGCGAGGAGAUCGUUGAUCGCAUCCAGGAGAGCGAGCUUGAGGUUAAUGAUGUCGUCUCCCGACUCGAGAGCACGGCCGACGCCCGUCGCUCCAGCAGCGCUCGACCUUCCCGCCCGCCGCCUACGGACAGCGACUUCUUGCUGCUAGAACAGACGCUGAGUGAUAUCAUUGCCGAUGUCCACGAUCUGGCCAAGUUCACUCAAUUGAACUACACGGGCUUCCAGAAGAUUAUCAAGAAGCAUGAUAAAGAGACGGAAUGGUAUCUGAAGCCGGUUUUCGCUGCGCGCCUGAAUGCCAAGCCUUUCUUCAAGGAUAACUACGAUGCUUUCGUGAUCAAGUUGUCCAAGCUGUAUGACCUGGUCCGAACCAAGGGUAACCCGGUCAAGGGUGAUGCGGCCGCUGGUGGCACCCAGCAAAACUUUGUGCGUCAAACCACUAAGUAUUGGGUGCAUCGGGACAAUAUUACCGAGUUGAAGCUAGUUAUUCUGAAGCACCUACCAGUUCUGGUCUUCAAUGCCAGCAAGGAGUUUGAGGAGAAGGAUACUGCCAUUUCCUCCAUCUACUAUGAUAACACCGACACUUGGGAAUUGUACCAGGGCCGUCUCAAGAAGACAGAAGGCGCUGAGGCUAUUCGUCUGCGUUGGUAUGGUGGUAUGGAGAGUGACCAGAUCUUCGUGGAGCGCAAGACUCACCGUGAGGAUUGGACUGGAGAAAAGUCGGUCAAGGCGCGUUUCGCGCUGAAGGAGAAGCACGUCAAUGCCUACCUUGAUGGUCGGAUGACAGUCGAGCAUAUCUUUGACAAGAUGCGCAAGGAGGGCAAGAAGAGCUCAGCAGAGAUUGAUGACCUCGAGCAGUUGGCGCGUGAGAUCCAAUACCGGGUUAUCACUCGUCGCUUGGUACCUGUCACCCGGACCUUCUACCACCGUACCGCUUUCCAGCUGCCCGGUGAUGCUCGUGUUCGGAUCUCCCUCGACACUGAGCUGACUAUGAUCCGCGAGGACAACAUGGACGGCCGCCGACGCGCAGGCAAGAACUGGCGUCGGAUGGAUAUUGGAGUCGACUUCCCAUUCUCCCAAUUGCCUCCCGAGGACAUUGACAGAUUCCCAUACGCUGUGCUGGAAGUCAAGUUGCAAACCCAGGCAGGCCAGGAGCCUCCUCAGUGGAUUCGGGACUUGACUGCCAGUCACUUGGUUGAGGCCGUUCCCAAAUUCAGCAAGUUCAUUCACGGGACUGCCACGAUGUUCCCCACUCGCAUCAACCUGCUUCCCUUCUGGUUCCCCCAGAUGGACGUUGACAUCCGCAAACCUGUCACCCGUCAAUACGGUAUCCACCGCCCGCUGGCGAGCACCUCCAUCUCAGCCAACGACGAAGACUCAGAUGAUGACGAGAGCCCCGUCACAGAGGAGGGGGACACUCUGAACGGGAAUGGACACCAGAAUGGCCUCUUCGAGACCAACGGCAACGAAUUGGACAUCGAAGAGCGCAUUGCUGCCCAGCCUUUACCCGGCGACGAAGAUUAUCCCCUGUACGACUCCGAUGACGAAUCAGUCUACUCCGACGAGCUAGAAGAGGCUCGCCGCAUCGGAGGCGCCUACUACGCCCAGCAAUUGGCCAAACACUACCUCUGUCGUACCGGCCACGCCGUGGCACAGGGUCUCAUGGCCAUCAUCCCCCGGCCGCGCCCAACAUCCCUGCCACCUCCCGAGCAGCGUGGAAUCGCCGUCCUGGGUAACCGCCGCACCCUCCAGCGUUUCCACGCUCCCCCCGGCAAGCGAAUCUUCGUCCCCGUCCGUGUCGAACCGAAAGUCUACUUUGCUGCUGAACGAACCUUCCUCUCCUGGCUCGAAUUUUCUAUCAUCCUAGGCGGAAUCGCCGCAACCCUCCUCAACUUCGGCACAGACAACGUCACCCUCGGCUCCUCAUGGGCCUUCACUAUCCUCGCCGCAGGAGCUCUAGUCUACAGUCUCUUCCUGUAUAUCUGGCGCGUUGACAAGAUUCGCAAGCGCCGCGAUGUCAAGCGCGUCUACUACGAGCGCUGGGGCCCGACUGUUGUCUCUAUCGGUCUUGUUGUUAUCAUUCUGGUUAACUUCGGACUGCGGGCUCGUAUGGGUGGGUUCAUUGCGUCGCCUGGGUCUCAGACGCCUGGGGGUGAGAGGCAUGGUGGAGAAUUGUGA